CCUACUGAAUAAUUUCCAUUUUCUAGUCACAGGAAACAGGGGAACAAGGGAAGAACGAAGAAUUAUUUCUGCGUGGUUAAGCCGCACUAUCUUUUUGACUCAACAAGCAGCCUCUUACCAAAAACAAGCGGUCUCCAAGACCACCCACCGGAAAAAUCAAAUCCGUCUGAGGAACUCUCCAUUUUACAUCCAUAUUUGAGGGCGAGGAACUAAACUCUUGUCAUCGUUUCUGUACUGGUUUCUUUGUCUGCAGAAAAUGACGGAGAUAAUUCUAGCGUUUCCGGCAGAUGCUCCGCCGCUUUCGGUCAUUGCGGCGGCAAAGAUUGGAGGGGUCUCUCUAAAGCUCGACUCGAGCCUUCCUACUGGAUCGAAACCUAGUUUCCAAUUCCCUUCUGGAGUGAAGUUGGAUGGCACCAAUGUGCUUUUACGCUAUCUUGGUCGGGUAGCAAUAGUUCCCCACUUCUAUGGGCAGGAUCCACUAGAAUCAGGCCAGAUUGAUCAAUGGUUGGAAUAUGCUUCCAUCUUCUCAUCAGGCUCUGAAUUUGAGAGUGCCUGCAGUUAUGUUGAUGGCUAUCUUUUACUGAGGACUUUUGUAGUUGGUACUGGCCUGUCAAUUGCAGACAUAGCGAUCUGGUCAGGUCUUGCAGGCAGUGGCCAAAGAUGGGAAAGUUUAAGGAAGUCAAAGAAAUAUCAAAAUCUAGUCCGCUGGUUCAAUUCAAUAGUAACAGAAUAUGAUGUUUUGAACGAAGUCACAGCAACCUAUGUUGGCAAAAGAGGGUUAGGCAAGGUAACAGCAUCCAAAACAAAGGAAAGAGAACAGAUUGUCAAUCAAUCAUCAAGCAUGAAUGGGGAAGUCACUGAGAAGGGAAAAGGUGGCAGCAGACCUGAAGUAGACCUUCCUGAUGCCAAAAUUGGAGAGGUGUGCUUACGCUUUGCACCAGAGCCUAGUGGAUAUCUUCACAUUGGGCACUCAAAAGCUGCACUCAUGAACCAGUAUUUUGCCCAAAAAUACCAAGGCCGGUUUAUUGUUCGCUUUGAUGACACAAAUCCUGCUAAAGAGAGCAAUGAGUUUGUGGAAAACCUACUAAAAGAUAUUGAGACUCUCGGUAUCAAGUAUGAAAAGGUAACGUAUACUUCAGACUAUUUUCCCCAGUUGAUGGAAAUGGCUGAAAAGUUGAUACUUAAAGGGAAGGCGUAUGUUGAUGAUACACCAAGAGAGCAGAUGCAGAAAGAAAGGAUGGAUGGAGUUGAAUCCAAAUGCCGGAGCAAUAGUCCUGAGAAGAACACGGAAUUAUGGAAGGAAAUGAUUGCAGGGUCUGAAAGGGGAUUGCAAUGUUGUCUCCGUGGCAAGUUGGACAUGCAGGACCCUAACAAGUCACUUCGAGAUCCAGUCUAUUAUCGUUGCAACCCAGUUCCUCAUCAUCGCAUUGGGUCUAAGUAUAAGAUAUAUCCAACAUAUGACUUUGCAUGCCCAUUUGUUGAUUCUAUUGAAGGUAUUACACAUGCUCUUAGGUCUAGUGAGUACCAUGAUCGGAAUGCACAGUAUUACAGAAUUCUUGAGGAUAUGGGACUGCGCAAAGUCCAAAUUUAUGAAUUUAGCCGGCUGAAUAUGGUAUAUACACUUCUUAGCAAACGUAAGCUUCUGUGGUUUGUUCAGAAUGGAAAAGUUGAUGGAUGGGAUGAUCCUCGUUUCCCCACUGUGCAAGGAAUAGUACGUAGGGGUUUGAAGAUUGAGGCCUUGAUACAAUUCAUUCUUGAACAGGGGGCAUCUAAAAAUUUGAAUCUUAUGGAAUGGGACAAAUUGUGGACCAUUAACAAAAAGAUUAUCGAUCCUGUAUGUCCUAGGCACACUGCGGUUCUUGAUGAAGGGCGUGUUCUUUUGACCCUAACUGAUGGUCCUGAGAAGCCUUUUGUUCGUAUCAUUCCAAAGCAUAAAAAAUUUGAAGGUGCAGGACUAAAAGCUACUACAUACACAAAGAGGAUAUGGAUAGAUAAUGUUGAUGCAGCCUCUGUAUCUGUGAAUGAAGAGAUUACUUUAAUGGAUUGGGGAAAUGCAAUAGUAAAGGAUAUCAUAAGGGACCAGGAUGGAAAUGUCGUAGAGCUGAGGGGAGUAUUGCACCUUGAAGGUUCUGUUAAGACCACAAAGUUGAAGCUUACAUGGCUUCCUGAAACUGAUGAAUUGGUUAAUCUCUCACUGGUCGAGUACGACUACCUGAUUACAAAGAAGAAGCUGGAAGAAGGGGAAGAUUUCCUAGACGUUCUUAAUCCAUGCACAAAGAAGGAGACUGCAGCUCUUGGGGACUCCAACAUGCGAAAUUUGAAGUGUGGAGAAAUAAUACAGUUGGAGAGGAAGGGCUAUUUCAGAUGUGAUGUUCCUUUCUUGAGGUCUUCAAAACCCAUAGUUCUGAUUGCAAUCCCUGAUGGUAGACAGCAGACAACAUUGCGGUGAAGCCAUAGUAAAAGUGAGCUUUUACUUUGCAUUAGGAAUUUCUCUAGUAUGGGUGAUAGAUUGUUUAGGAAUGCAAUAUGGUUAAUUUUGUGUUUCCUUAGUGACUGUUUAUUUGAAUUGAAGCCAGUGGUUGCUUUGACCCUCUCGUACUAAUUAAUAACUAGAACUCAUUAUGUUUUAAUUUGUAAAUUAACAAAAGAAUACAUUUACUUGAAUUUGGUCUUUAUCUGUUCUGGUUAAAUCAA